GUGAAGAAUAUGACAUUGGUUUAGCUAUAGAAAUAUCACAAGGACUUAGAGAAAGAAUCGUUCCCGGUUCAUCUAAAGAUUAUGUAAACAUAUAUACCGGGUGUUGGGAUAAUGAGCCAGAAGAUCGCCUGAUCAUGAACACAGUGGCCAACCUCUUUAACUUAUCUCUAUAG